UACGAAAUAUACGUAAUGCAAAAUAUUAAAAACGGUAUUGAGCACAUAAGUCCAACGCACUUCCUUACUACUACUACCACUAACGACACGAGAUCUAUCCAAUCUACUAACAAUUCUGUUUCGACUGCGGCUAUACGUCCACAGAACUUCUCCUUUGCCUCCACAUACGCCACCAGCCGUUUCAGCUUAGCCACUAACAACAAAUUCGGCAAUUCACUACCAUUAGGCAACUACCCAAUCAAGCCUAUAACUUCUUUCACUGUCUUGAAUAACGAGGAGUUGCCCUACAAUCAUAAGCCCAACGCCAUAGUGCGUCCUCUACAACGAACUGAAGACUAUUUUAACUUGUCUAGGGCACAACAUGAUCUUUCCACUAUUGCAGGCGAAAAUAGCGCUCAGCAGCAAUCUGAGCCAUCAAGUAAUUCGGUAACACAACCUGUACAGAUUGGAAGUGAUGUGGACAAAUUUACCGAGGAAUUGAAUCGCAAACUGCGCUUUCUACGUCAGCGGGAAAAUCAAGAUAUUUUGUAUAAAUCAAAAUAUGACUCACGAAACGGCAGCACCGGUCAAGAAUUGCUCAACAAACGACCACUUUUCAUUACCACUGUCCCGACGGGUGUAUUUCUGCCACCUCCAAAGGAACUACCCUUACCAGCAUUUCUUAGACAACAUGUGUACGCUUAUUCUUCGCAUCCUGUUGUUUUGAACAACUUCUACACCACCAACAACAACAUUAACAACAACAACAUUAACAACAAUAACAACGACAACAACAACAGCAGCAGUCACUUUAACAACAAUAGCAGUAGUAACAGAAACUUUGACGGAUAUUCCAAGGACAAAGUUCGUAGUAGCACAGCUCCGAUCACCGCUGCAGAUAAGGAUUUGACGACAAAUGCACACACUUCGCGUGCUCGGACCAACGCCAAAUCCACCAUUGCCGGUGAAUACAAUCUAACAAAGCAACAAUUUUUACAGCAAAUAGAAAAUCGCCGCUCCAAAAGGGAAGUACCACCGCCUUGCGAGCCCUUUAAGAAUGUUAUGGUCGAUAAACGCGUGUGUAGGGGAAGUAAUUUUGCUCAAGCUCUUAUGGAAGAUAUUGAUCCCUUUGAUAAACCUGCUAACCUACGUCGGCGUAAAUUAAUAACUUCUGUUAUAAAUCGAAAACCUAGAGGUGUAAUCGGUACACCUCCACCUGUUAAAGGCCGAAAACAUGAAGUUAUACAAACUGAAAAAUAUUUAGAGGAACUGUUUACACGCCCGGUAGAGAUGUCGAUUCAAACUCAAACAGACUUGUUUUUGGAAAAACCACUCGAGCCACCAUACAGGCCCACAAAAGUUGGAAUAGACGCUGCAACAGAAAUUGGCGAUGGAGAACUAUUCCAUUUCGAUGCUGAAGCUCAACCCAUUAUUGAAAUAUUGGUGGAUUCCUGUAUAGAACAAAGUAUGUUGGAGGUUGCUCAUGAACAAGAGCUGGAAGCAAUGCGUAAAAAGCAAGAAGAAUACCUUGCGAAACGUGAAGCUGAGUUAGCAGAAUUACGACGUCUUGAGGCUCAAGAAAUGCGUUUACAAGCUGAAAAAGAAAGACGCUUGCGACAAGAGAAAUUGGCUAAAGAAAUGGAGAAUGAAGUCCAAAAAGGUGUUACUGCUGCCAAACUACUGCAAGGACAUAUUGCAGGCAUAUUGCCAGAAGUAUUGGAAAAUUUGGAACCAGCCACUGAUGCUAUUAAAAAAGAACAACUUAUGAACUCAAUAUGUCCAUGGUUAACAAAAGAAGUUGCAGAAGAAGUUGGCCAAAUCGUUGAUUCUCGCGAAAUUUUAACUGCUAUAAUACAAGAAAUUAUCAAGCACCGUGCCUGUGUUUAUGCAGAUUAUUGCGAAGAAGGCCCUGAGUCUGUAUGCAAAUCAGGUGAAGAAUGCGAAGACUAUGUAACAUGUGAUGUGACUCCUGGACCAGACUUAAGUGAAAGUUGCAAGGAAUCAUCCGGAUUUGAGGAAUCUGAAGGAUGUCCACCCGGAGUGUGAUAAAUUUAUUUCAAAAAUACACAUUACAACUUUAAGAAAAAUUUAUUUUUAUUAAUGUUUUGGAAAUAUCUUUCUGUUAUGUUGAGAAUCUAUGUAUUUUAUAGCUUAUUGUCUAAAAACAAGGCAAUUUCGAUUUAUAAAAUUAAUAGAUCCCAACAUAAUUGUAAGAUAUUUUACAAUUUUAAAGGAACUUUAAUUGCUAAAUUCCAUUAAAUGUCUAAAUUGUUAUUUUAUACGUUAUUAUAAUUAUGAAAACCUAUAGUAAAAUAGAAACCAAAUUCCAAAAAGAUAAU